GGGCUCGCGGCACCAGCGGGCCCCCGCCGCCGCGCGCUGCUGACGCCGCCGAGCUCGCGGGCCGGCGGGCGCGCGCGCGCGCGCGCUUCUCCCGGGAGCGCCCGGCGCGCGCCUCUCCCGGCGGCGCCGCCGCCGCCAUGUUCCGGCGGGCCCGUCUCACCGUGCGACCCAAUGUGCGGCCCCCGGGCAGGGCCGCCGCCACCGGCACUGGCGGCGUGGACCCGGAGCCUCCGGAACGCCCAGGUUCGGACACCCCGGCGGCGGACGGAGCAGGGACCGCGGCGGGACCGGCGGACGCGCGGCGGGCAGAGAGUGAUGACAAGGCGGACAAUACGGACAAUACAAGUGGCACUGGGGAAGCUAGUAAACCUUCAGAGAUGCUUACACAGAGAAGAAAACGUAUCUCCACCAUGCCAAAUCUUGUCAAACCCAGAGCUGGACCAUCGUCUGCUCAGCGUUCUGCACCAAAACUGCAGAGGCGAACAUCACAGGCUUCUGAUGGCAGUGCUUCACUUCAGAAGGAUCCCUCCCCAUCAGAAAAGAGUAAUGUUGAAAGCUCUGUAAAGUCUCCUAUGCUUCCUGAGAAGAAAACACCUGUGCCACAAGUGCCACAGUUUUCACCGCUAAAAAAGUCUGCGAACAAAGAGCAAACUGUUGGUGUAACUACUCAGAAAAAUGAUGAUGGCUUGCAGAAGAAUGUACCCUCUCCUCUCAAGGAGAGACCAACACAGGAAAGAUCACGAACACAGGAGGAAAAGCUACCUGUGAAACCUUCUCAUGAGAAAGUCAAACGAACUUGUUCUGACCGUGAAAGGAUCCUCAAAGCUCGUAAAUUAAGAGAAAUGCUUAAAGAAGAGCUGAAGAAAGAGCGGAUGAAGUUGAAACACAGGCCUCCAGUAAUUGAAGGACGUUCUCCACCAGAUCGUUCUAAAAUGACAAUGAGAGACUUAAUAUACUAUCUGCCAGAAAACAAUCCUAUGAAGUCUUCAUUGGUAGAAGAAAAGAGAACAGAAAGAAGUUCUGCACUGAGUCAAAUGAAAGAACAGGAAGAGAACAGUACUCCUGAUCAUGAAGAAGAGGAGGAGGAGGAAGAAGAGAAUGGGGAAGAGAGUCAGGAUGGCCCACUUCUCGUUCCUCGUGUGAAAGUAGCAGAAGAUGGUUCAAUCAUUCUGGAUGAAGAAAGCUUAACUGUAGAAGUUCUAAGGACAAAAGGUCCAUGUGUUGUUGAAGAAAAUGAUCCCAUCUUUGAGCGUGGCUCUACAACUACAUAUUCUAGCUUCAGGAAAAGUUUUUACACAAAACCAUGGUCAAAUAAAGAAACAGACAUGUUCUUUUUAGCUAUCAGUAUGGUAGGAACAGACUUCUCCUUGAUUGGGCGGCUGUUCCCUCACAGAGCCAGAGCAGAAAUUAAGAACAAGUUCAAACGUGAGGAAAAAACUAAUGGAUGGAGAAUAGACAAAGCUUUCAAAGAAAAACGACCCUUUGAUUUUGAAUUCUUUGCCCAGCUCCUUGAGAAGGUCUUAGCAGAUGAGGGAAAGAGGAAGCAAAAGACUGUUAAAAGCCAGAAGCCAAAAGAAAAAAAGUCUCCAAGGCCACAGAAGAAGUCAAAAGCAAAAGCUGCCAGCACAGAAGCUGCUAAUGAUCAAGAUGAACCUCAGGAAGCUGGAAUUUCUGAUGCAGAAACAGAAGCAGAUGGUGUGACAGCUGAGAAAGAAAAUGAGGAAUCUCUGGGCAUUUCUGAACAGGCAGAAGAAGAGGUUGCCUUAGAGCCAGCAUUAGCCAAAAAGAAGAGAAAGAGGAAGAAAAAAGAUGAUCUUGAACAGGAAGUGGAGAAUAUUCCUAAAGAAGUGCCUGUUCCUUCAAAAACUGCUGAAGAAGGGAAGUCCUCUAAUAAAAGGAAAAAAGUGAUACAUGAUGCAAGCAGUGAUGGUGAUACCACCUGUGGAGAAGAAGUGGAUUGUGCUAUUGAAGGAAAGCAAAGUGAGACUGCUGUUACAGAGGAAGAGAGAUCAGAAUCCUGUUCAUCAGUGAACAGCCAAAUGGAGAGAGAAGGUGGUGUCAAUUUAUGCAGCCUUGAAGAUAGCAAUGAUGCUAUACUAGAACCAGAACCUGCUAAAUUGAGAGCCAGAGAUAUUAGAGAUAACGCAUCACAGGAAAGCCAGAUUUCAGAGCUACCAGUUUCAAAUAUUAGAAGCAAGGAAUCAGGAUGUGUAGAAACUACGGAAUCAAAGAGUGAAGAUACACAUCACUCACAAGAACCAGAUGGAAAGCGGAGUGCAUCAGAAUGUGGUUCACAGUCUGAAAUCAUGAAAACUGAAAAGUCAGCACAUAGAAGGUGCUUGCAAAGACCUAAACCAAAUUUAGUGAGGUCAUCUGGAAGGAGGGAGACAGCAACACAAGACAAAAUGGAAGCCGAAACUUCUUCUCCAGCCCUUGCAAAUGCAGGUGAAAAGUGCUCUGAAGAGGAGAAUAGAAGAAACAAAAAUGAAGCCACAGAAGUAGAGAACAGCGAUUUGGACACUGCCUCUCAAGAACCUGAAAAAACUGCAAUUGCAAAGACAAUAGGUAGAGGAUUUCGACAGAGGUUUAAACCUAAUGUUACAAGAGCAUCUGGAAGGAAGGAAGAGCCUGAAAAAGAUACAGGAAAUGAUAAAAAAUCCCAUCUACAGCCUAAGGGGGAAACUGAGAAGAAGAACGACCAAGGUAAUAGAUCUGAUGAUACCAGUGAAGAUACUGCAGAAAAAGAUGACAAAGUCCUGGAGACAAUGUCUCAGUCUAAUGAAACAGCUGGUUUAAAAGAAGAUAGCAAACGGAUUGCGUUGAAUCAAACACCUCUAAAAAGAGGUAGAAUACAGAGACCAAAACCAAAUUUAGGAAGAACUGUUGCAAGGCAAAAAGAACAGAUAGAUAAAAAAGAUCCUGAAGAGGAGACAACUGAAGGUGGAGAAGCAGUAAAAGGUGUCACACACCAUCGAGGUGAAAACAAUGAUCCCUGCCUCAGAAGUGAUUUAACAGUUCAUGAAGGCACGCAGCCACCCAGUGUGACGUUAGAAGAUGUUUCUGCAGAUUCUGAGAUGAACUCAAAUACAAGACAGUGUUUCCAAGAAAAGUCUUCAGAAGCAGAAAGCAAUGAAAGUAAAAAGGGAUUGUCAGAUGUCUCCAAACAAGUUUCAGAUUCUAGUACAGGGGAAUCUCAGCCUCAGAAGGAAGAGGAGAAAAGUAUUGUAUCAUCAGCUUGGCUACUGAGGACACGCUUCCAGAGACCAAAGCCAAAUUUAACAACUAGUAGAAAGGAAGUUCUGGAUGUAAAUAGUAAAGGUGCAUCACAGAAAGAUACCAACAAGGAAGAAAGUUUGAUGCAGUGUGAUAGUCAAUGUAGCAUCCCUCCUGACACAGAUAAAGCAGGAAAAUGUGAAGUCUUAAAUGCACUAGAAUCCUUGGGAAAGGAGAAGUCACUUAGCUCUCAGGAAAUAUCUGGGAGGCCAAGUUGUAAGUCACCAAAAACAUUUCCAAGAUCAGAGGAUGGUGAACUGGAAUUCUGCCUAUCUGAAAUUAGCCAAGAUGACAUUUCUACUACUAUUGCAGGCACUCAAGAAGAAUGUCAAUAUGCACCUCUUCCAGCUAUUCAGCUGGCGCAGAACAAGAGAUACAAGCCAAACUUGGUAAGAGCUGUUGCAAAGAAGGAGUUACAAACAUCAGAAAAUGAGAGCAAGAAAAUGCCUGAAGCAGAGCAAAAAGAUGAGUUUGACAAUACUGUCAUGUUAAAGGGUGAAAAUGAAGCUGUAUUGUGUCAAGCAGAUGUAUUGAGCAAAGAGGAACAGGAACAGCAAGAGGUGCCUCAGGUGCUCUCUAUUUCUGAAACCUUAUUGUCUGAACAAAGCAGUACUGAAAAACUUACCUCCCAAGAAGGCAAGCUAAGUGCUCUGAAACCAGGACAGUUCAUAAGGAUUGAGUCUCCAAGAGCUAGACCAGACCUAGAAAGAACAUACAGCAAAAAUGGAUCUCCAGUAGUACAAAAACUUGAUGCCCCAGAUGAAGAAGAAAGGAAUCAUGGAGAGAAUCUGCCUGUCGCAGAAGAAUCUGAAAACCUCUCCUCAAAAGAUGACAUGAGAGAAUUGUUGCUUCUGGGAAAUUUGGCUGAUAAUGACAAUCUAGACAUAAAUUCAAGAAGCAUGACAUCAGGAACACUUUGUUCUUCUAAAAAAUCACCAAAUUACAACAGCAAAAGAGAGCAAGAAGAAUGUCUAUCUACAGAUGCUAUAGGAGGCAUUCAGGAUACCACAGAAAGGUCCAAUGAUAAAUUAAGUUCUGGAGAAGAAAGUGAACAGAGAGGAAGGGAACCCCAUUGGAACCUGAGGCCAGACCUAAUGAGACUUACUGGGAAAAGAGAGUAUCCUGAAGAGUGUGGAAACAGGGAAGAGGACAAUACUGAGAGAAAUGAAGAAGAGGUUUUGGUGUUAUUAAAAACAGGUGUAUCAGGGGAAAACUUCAGUAAUACAGUGGAAGCUGGAUCCUUCUCAGAAGCUACAAGGAAACACAGUUUUGCAGAGAAUGUUGAAGAAACGUAUCACAAGAGAAUUAGGCAGGACAUUACACUCCAGUCUCCGGGGAUAUCGUCAGAGAGUGAGAGACACAUAGAGCAAGAUAAAGAUUCUCAGCUUUCUACCUCACAGGAAAGGCAUUCAGGAAAUCUCACAAGAAGGCAGUUCAGGAGAUCAUCAAAACAGACAGCACUGCCAGAACAUGUGUUGGAGCCAAAAACUGCUACUUCUUCUGCCUCUGAGUGUGAGGCUGAUUGUAGUGAGAAGGGGAGUCAAAGGCAAGAAGCUAAAGUGAGUGUUACCAGAGACAAAAGUUUGAAAACUACACAGAGAAGAAAAUCUGGGAAGGAACCCAGAAGUUCAAAGAUAACCUUUGUCACCCUCCGGGCUUCUCAAGAGGAGGAGGAGGAUGAGGAGGCAGAUGACUUUGAGCUUGAUGAUGAAGAUGAAUGCUUUGCAUCAGAGGAAGUAAACAAGGCUCCAGUGUUUGUUCCUAUAGGUCUUCGAUCUCCAAAACCAAUUCCUAUGCAGAUACAGGAAACCGUGGAGGAGCUGGAAAUAUCUGUGAAUAUCCCGGAUGUGCAGGUGGCUACUGAUGCUGCAAAUCUUACUUGUGCUUCUAUCCAACCAGUAGUACAGUGGGAAGAAGAAAGCACCUCAACAGCUGAAACAAUCAUACAUGAAAACCCAGAUGUGGACAAAGGAAUUAACGAUGGAAGCACUGAAGCUGCUAUGACUUUACUUGCAAUGGGUGAUCCAAAUUUCCAGUUAAAAACAAGCACUGAAGAACAGACACAUAUGCUACCUGCUCAAGAUGACUUGGACAUGGCUCAUAGCCUUGUAAUUCACACCUACUCCAAAGAAAGUAGAACUUCUAGUCAGUACUUGCUUGCUUCAGACACUUCUAUCAAGGAAUUGCUGCCUUCUGAGGAUGGAAACAUCAAUGUAGAGCAUCAAAUCACUGGCACAAGAGGUGUAGAAGAAUAUUCAGAGAUGGAUGCUACUGAUACCAGUGGUAGCUCUUUGCCUGUGGUGAAUAGUAUGAGAUUGACAGGAGGCAGACACCUGGAGCCUGAGCCAACCUCUGCAAUAUUGCGGUCCAAUGAAAACAUAAUGCAGGAGAUACUUAAUGCAAAUGUACUUGUGGAAAAACUAGAGCAAAUUCAAACUGAUCCUAGAACCUUGAGGGGUAAUGCAGAAAUGAAGAAGGUGGAACCAGAACCAAUCAGACCAGCUGCACGUGACUCUUCAGCCCUUCGUGACUUUGCAUCUGGAAGUACGGAACUCAGCAAGCAAGUAGACAAAACUGAGAGAACAGAAAAGCAGAUAAGCGAUGCUUGUGGAAAUUCAAGAGAUUUAAGACAUCUAACUGCAUCACCAAAACCUGAAAAAUCACACCUUGGACUAGAAGAUUGCCCAGAUCCAAGUUCUGUGGAUGAACUUUCUGAGCAGAGUCCUUGUCCUCUUGAGCACCAUAUAUGUACAGUCAAUUUUACUCAGAAUGAAGCUUGUACUCAGGAUGAUCAACGACAUUGCAUAAGCAGCACAGAAGAAACUUCAGUAGUGCAUGAUGGUCAUAGAUGUCCAGAGGAAGAACAGACAUUCAUUUUAACAUUGGUGGAAAUCCCAGCUGGCUCAAAAGAGUUUGAUGCAUCUGCUAUGGUGGAACAAACUUCAGAACCAGUACUACCAGCCCCAAUACUUAUCAGCCCAAUAAAUGCAAGUGAAACAACUGUGACUGAAGUGGAGAGUAUUGGAUCCUUGACAACUGCAGCUGGUAAGGUUGCUGGACCUUUAAACAGCAGUAUGGAAACCGAACAACUAGAGAGUGCAGUAGACCCUGUUCCAAAGUUGCAGACAGCUCAGAAACGGUUGGCUGCUGAGCUUGAAGAGAAUGAUUUUCCUCCUUCCAAGAAAACUCCAUCUACUGUUGCAGUGGAAAAUAACCUGGAAACCACUUACAAGGAUUAUUCAAUUAAAUCCACAGAUGUGCCAGAGGUAACUUCUGGGAGUCCUUUUCAAAAAACAGAGUCUUCAGCAAAGGGAAAAGUACUUACUUCUGUAUUGGUGUCUGAGUCUAUCUCACAACUGGCUGAGAGAAGCCAGCUUGAGACUUUGGAGAGCUUAGGGAAAGCACCACUUGAGAAUGCAGCAUCUGAAAAGGAAGAGGAGGUUAUGUCUAGAUUAACCUCUAACAGAAGAGCAGAAGUAAGUGGACAAGGAAAGCAGGAGAAUGUGCAUGAAUCUGCGCAGUUGGAACAUACUAGAAGCUCAGCAUCAUCUUCAAAAACUCCGUUAUUCAGGGGUGGACGAAAACCGUUGGGAUUUUUAUCUUUAAUUUGCAAAAAAAGUAAUUCUGACUCUGCAGAAGACGCCAAAGGGAAUAGAGGGAAGAUCCAGAAGCCACGAAUUGUGACUGCAAAACGAAGUCUAAAGAAACCCACUCCCUCCACUGAGGGUGAGAGGGAAUCUUGUUCCUUUCCCUCUACUUCAUCAUCUGUGGAACAUGAACAUGUGGCUGCUGAUGCUGCAGUUAUGGUUCCAAGUAACAACUCAUCUGAGAAGCCACCUCUCUGUGCUAAAGAUCAAGAGAAGGAAGGAGAGCCAACCAAAAUCUCUGAGUACUUUUUCAGUGACAUCUUUAUGGAAGUGGAUGAUUCAGAAUAGCAAAUGGGUUUUAUAAAAACCUAGGAUCACAGAAUAUACUGCAACAAGAAAAGAGUAUUUUAAAAGUUGCAAUUUGUUCUGAUAUUCAUUAUGCCACACUUAAUGUCAGCCAGUAAUAACAGUACCAGAUAAAAUACCAGGAAAGUGAUCUCUUUAACAUUCAGGGGAAACUGAACGUUCUCCAAAAGCGAUGUAAUGGAUUCAAAGGAGAAGAUGGAAAGGAAAGGCUGAAAAGCCUCAUCUCCUGCUCCUCCUUUAACAGCCUGGGUGCAAUUAGUAAUAAACUCCUGAAACAUGCUAUUGGAACUGGGAUGCAGGGUCGGACAAAGAAGCCAUGAACCAAACAUACCUUUAACAAGCUCCAGUACCUAUCUAAACUCCCUAUAAACCAUUGUCACAGAGCCCAGCACAAUAACAACCCAAAUCCCAGCCCCUCUACUGUAAAAGCUACACGUUAGGGACGAUACUGGAUCUGUCUCCAAAUAAGAAAAUAAGCCUAGGGACCAGAAGGGUAUUAAAACCUCAAAACAACCUAGGGACCAGAGACAGGUAAAGGCCUCCACCCAGAGAGACAUUAUGAAUUCAAGCAACAUGGCUACUGACUGCUUUAUCUCAAUACGGAGUAAGUAGAACCAAAAUGCAAUCAGUACAGGUUUUUUUCACUUUCUUGAGCCACAUGUUGGGCAACAAAAAAAAAGUAUUUGUCCUGGUUUAGGGCACAUUUGGAAGGAAGCUUUCAAAGGGGUCCCUCUAGAAAGCAAAUUCAAGUGGCCCCUCCCCCAACUGGUUUGCAAAGAUUUCCUUGGAGAAAAGUGGAAAAAACCUGUUUAUUUAACAAAGUAUUCACAAGCGUAAAAAAUUAACAAUACUAAACAAUAAAACCUCUUGCUGUUCUGAAGAGAUGGCACAUUCAGAAAGUCCUUUCCUUGGGGUGUAGCUCAGCUCACUUGCUCUGUUACCAGUUCCUCGUGCUGGAAAAUGCCGCAUCCUGGGCUCCAGUGGGCCACAGGUGUGAGGUGCUUGUGUUUUUCUGGGUUUUCAGUCCAGAGCAAGGCUGAUCAGUUCCCAAAAAAAGAAAAGCCACAGUCCAGGGAACUUCUCUGCCUCAGCUAGCUAAAAACUAACUAAAAGCAAAAGAGAGCUGUCUCCUGCCGUCUGUCUGUUCUGCAGAGAACACAGUCUGUGAGAGAGAAUGCGGAGGAGAAAGUGCAUCUUCUGAUUACAAUCUCUGCACUUCUUCUCUUCCCCUGGUGCAGAACUUAAUGUCCAGCAUAAACAGAACAGACAGUUGGGGAUGUGAACAUCAUAGUCACCCUAGGACAUGUUGUUAAUUAAGGCUGUGAAGAUGAAAUGGAUUCUUUCUGAAGCCACCCAGGAACUUUCAAAAUGCUGACAUAGUCUAAACCACUACAAUGAUGUCAUAGGACCAGACUAUUUGCUGACUGCCGGCUUAUGGUUGCCCUUGUUUAGACACUGAUAGUGAGUGCAUGACUAUCCUACAGAAAAGUACAAUGAAAUAAUGUUUAAUCUUUCAAAAAGUAUCCUUUUCCAUUUUAAUGCUAAAGCUUCUUGGUACUGACUAUUCAAGUUCUUUACUUCUUUUUGUGAAGUAUGUUACGUUAGAAGGAGGAAUGAACUUUUUGGGUAUAAUGUAAUAUCUGAAGAUCAGAAUGCAAAUACUGGAAGUGGUGUAGUAAAUACAUACAUAUAUAUAUCAAGCACUGCAGGUAUUUUUAUUUAAAAUUUAAAUUUCCAAAUUACAUAUUUUUGUAAGAGUUUUUUAACCACAUAAUUUAAAAGAUCGUAACCUGAAAAACCCAAUAGCAUUGGUUCCUUAAAAAUUUGUUGAAAAUUUAAAAACACAAUUUAUUAGAAGAUGAUAGAUAACACAAGGUUAAUGUUUACAACCUUUUUUAUCACUUGGACACGGAGAUUGAUGUUUCCUAGUAUAAAUGCUAAUUUUCUUCUCAAUUGAAAAACAAAGCUAUAGAUACAAUUUCUUUUCCUUCUUUUCACGUGUUGUUGUUUGUAUAUUUACUGACUUCCUCAUUUUCCCUUGUGCACAGUAGCACAAAGAGAUUGGAUUUAAACCAUGAUUAUAAAAUGUCACUUUUGAGGAUUUGCUGCUUUGAAGCACUUGAAUUAAAAGGGUUUUCUUAUGUGCAUGUCUGCUUGUACUGUAACUUGCCAUAAAAUCCUGGUUCAGCUUUAGAUUUUAGUUUAAGUUUUUAUUUACCUCAUCAAGAAAUAUAUCUGGGUGAGGUAAUUAGGUUUAUGCACUCAAAGUCAGGUGGUCGCUGAAAGAGUCAAUAUUUAGUCUGAAACUCCUGCUUGCAGGAGCUUGAGUAGUCUUAAAAUUUUUCCCAUUACUUAAUACUUACAGGUACUUUUGCAAAGCAAUUUAUUAUGAAGGUGAAACUGAUGUUUAAAUAGUAUUGAUAAUGCUCUCAAGAAACCUAUCAUCAGGUUUGGUCUAGGUAAUCCUUUACUGGCAGGAAAAUAAUAUAAAUAUGUAGUUAAUUUUGAAAUAGUUGAUGAAGUUGGACAAACAUUUUGAUGGCAGGUAAAUAAUAUAAAUAUGUAGUUAAUUUUUAUAUAGUUGAUGAAGUUUGACAAAACAUUUGAGAAUGUUUUUCUUUUCAGAAGUUAUUGGCAAGGCUUCUGAAGGAACCUUUAAACUUUUGUCAGAGAAGAGAAAUACAGAAAAAAGCUACUGUUACUGCAAAUUGGUAUAUUGGCUCUGCCAGUGAAAUGUCACUAGCAGCAGUAUUCCUUGAGGCGAUGGAAAAGGGACUAGUGGUCCCAGUGUAGAGUAACUUACUUGAAAGUAUCUGAUCAACCCACCUCACUCCCCCCCAAAAAAACCUCAAAAAUACCAACAACAGUUUCUGUUCAGAUGGGAUAUUGUGCUUUGCCUAAUCCGUUUAACUUGAAAUGUUUAUCUAUUGUUUUACUGUAAACAUUAUGAAAGAGAUUAAUGUAUACAUGUAACUCUAUGUAUUGUAUAUCUUGUAGAUAUUAAGUAUGCAAGUGUUUACUUCCUGAUGUGUCUGGCAUGUUUAUAUCAAUUGCACUCAUAGAGCCUAAAAAUAGAUUCUUGGGGAGUGGCUAUGAAACAAUUGCUGUGAGUACCUUCUGAGUGAGUUCUGAGGGGAUAAUCAUUCUACAUUUGGUUGCAUACAUUUUAGCUUGCAUUCAUGUUACAAGGGGGAAAAAAAUCAACUACAUCAUUACUAAUAUUUAUGGUGCCUUAUCUGCAUUGUUAAUUGGGGCUAUGCUUUGUUUUUCCUUGCAGCAAAUAACAUGCACUUUGUUAGAGGAAUUUUUUUUAAAGAACAAAUUUAAUUUGAAAGAAAUAAGAGAAUUUUGUGUUCUGUUUUGUGUAUGGAAGUUUUAUAAUGAUGAAGGAUGUAAGAAAAUAUAGUUGAAAUCUCAAUACAUAUGAGUAGCAUUUUUACAAAGAUGUGGCAUAAAACUGCUUUGCUUAGAGUUGUCUGACACCCUGUAUCAUCACAUAUAAGCUUUCUGCGUCAAAGGAAGUAGUCCUGUUCUGUAUGUAAAUUAUGUGAAUAAAUUAUUUUCUUUUA